AUGAUCAUCGUGACUAAUUUUUCACACACACAAAACACUUUUUUGUGUCAGAAUUAUUGAUUGAUUUUUGUGUGAAUAGGAAAUAGAGAAAUGGCUGGUUUGCGAGGGGAUUUUUGAGGAAAAAAAAGAGAUUUUUUCUGGGUCACGUGGAAAUUUAAUUUUUAAUUUGAAAAAUUCACUGUUUCAAAAAAUCCAUGUAUUUUUCUCUGAUUUUGGGAUCCAAAACGUUUUUUUUAUUAACUGGUUCAUUUACAUUACUAGAAAUGAAAAAUUCAUAAAAAUUAAUUAAAUUUUCUGAAACAGUGAAAAAUUUUCAAAAUUUUUGAAACAGUGAAAAAAUUCUCUAAAAAAAUUUACUGUUUCAAAAUUUCUAUAAUUUUUUUGUGACUUUGAAAAAUUGUUCAUAAAGUUCUAUACUUGUUCAUAAUUGAUUGAUAAUUUUGGUGAAUUUUGUUCAGCAAAAAAAUUCACUGUUUCAAAAAAUUCAUAACUUUUUUUUCCAUUUUCAUAACUUCACUAGAAAUGAAAAAAUUCAUCAAAAUUAAUAAAAUUUUCUGAAACAGUGAAAAAAAUUUUCAAAAAUUUUCACUGUUUCAAAAAAUCCAUGUAUUUUCUCUGUUUUUUUGAAAAUUGUUCAUGACGAAAUUUUUAGUCGUUUCCAAGCGAAUUUUCGAGCGAACCCAAUUUCUGGGAAAAUUUCAGAUUUUCAGCGCUCAAACAAAGAUUACUGUGUAAAUUCCCAAAAAAUUCCCCAAAAAUCCCCAUAUUUUUCUUAUUCCAGGAGCACUGUGAAUGUCAAGGUUGUAUCGAUUUCUCAAAACAACGUGAUUAUCGUUUCUCAGCUCUCGAAUGGUGGACUUUUGGCGAAAAUCCGGCAAAUAUUGGAAGAUGUGGUUAUGACGCACCAAGGCUGAAAACCGGAAAUAUCGCGAAAUGCGAUCCGGAAAGUGAAUCGUAUUGUUGUAGUCAAAGUGGUUAUUGUGGAAAAGGUGAACAAUAUUGCUCAUGUUUGGGAUGUGUGGAUUUUAAGAAUAAUCCAAAGUUUGAGUAUUUAUAA